AGGAUCAAAGCCAUCUCUGAAGCAUUAUUGUUACUUUCAAAGGCAUGCAGUCACAUAUGUGAAGAGGCUGUGAAGGACGUGAACGAAGUAAUUUGUGAUGGACAUGAAAAUCCUGAAGUGAAAGACAAGAGAGAACGGCUCGAAUCACAACCUCUCCGUUCCUGGUUUUUGAAGCACAUCCAUGAUCCUUACCCCUCAGCUAAAGAAAAGGAAAAGCUUAUUAAGUUGACGAAUGCAAACUUGAAAGAAGCAAACAAGCCAAUGUCGAGAGAGCAAUGCAAUCAAUGGUUCAUUAAUACACGAAACAGAAGCACUUGGAAAGAAUUCUUUAUCAAAUACGGAAAGUCAGACAUAACAACAAUGAAAAAAUUGAUC